GGCGGCGGCGGCGCCAUGGCGGCCGUGCGCGGCCUGCGGGUGUCGGUGAAGGCCGAGGCGGCGGCGGCGGCGCCAACGGGGGGACCGGCCCUGGGGCUGCUGGGGCCGGGUCCCGAGCGGGGCGAGCCGGAGCCCAUGGAGGUGGAGGAGGGCGAGCUGGAGGCCGGGCCGCUGCGGCGCUCGCUGUUGCCGGACACGAGCCGCCGCUACGAGAACAAGGCGGGGAGCUUCAUCACGGGCAUCGACGUCACCUCCAAGGAAGCCAUCCAGAAGAAAGAGCAGCGGGCCAAGCGCUUUCACUUCCGGGCCGAAGUCAACCUUGCCCAGAGGAACGUGGCCUUGGACCGGGAUAUGAUGAAGAAAGCGAUCCCCAAGGUGAGACUGGAGACCAUCUAUGUCUGCGGAGUGGAUGAGAUGAGCACCCAGGACAUCUUCGCGUACUUCAAGGAGUACCCGCCUGCUCACAUCGAGUGGCUGGACGACACCUCCUGUAACGUGGUCUGGCUGGAUGAGGUGACCGCGACGCGAGCCCUGAUCAACAUGAGCUCCUUACCCAGCUCGGACAAAGCCAAGGCUCGAGAGAGCGGCGUGGAGAAGGCCCCAGAAAAGAUGAGGAAAGACAAACAGGACAGCUCCGACGACGAGACUGAGGAAGGGGAGGUCGAAGAUGACACUGCCAGUGACCUGGAGUUGGAGGCGCUGUCCCAGGUGGAAGAAGACUCCCUCUUGCGGAACGAUCUCCGGCCGGCCAACAAGCUGGCCAAGGGGAACAAGCUGUUCAUGAGGUUUGCCACGAAAGAUGACAAGAAGGAGCUGGGGGCCGCCCGGAGGAGCCAGUACUACAUGAAGUAUGGGAACCCCAACUACGGGGGCAUGAAGGGCAUCCUCAGCAACUCCUGGAAAAGAAGGUACCAUUCCCGCCGCAUCCAGAGGGACGUGAUCAGGAAGCGGACGCUGAUCGGGGAUGACGUGGGCCUGACCUUGACUCCCCCCUACAAGCACCGGCACGCAGGUCUGGUGAACGUUCCGGAGGAGCCUAUUGAGGAGGAAGAGGAGGAGGAGGAGGAGGAGGAGGAGGACCAGGACAUGGAUGAAGAUGACAGGAUUGUGGUGGAAUACCGGGACGAGCUGCAGGCCUUCAAGCAGGCGCGCGAACGAAGCGGCUCCCGCCGCCCCAGCGCCAGCGGCUCGGGCUCCGACUCGGACGAGAUGGACUACGACCUGGAGCUGAAGAUGAUUUCCACGCCCUCGCCCAAGAAGAGCUUGAAGAUGACCAUGUACGCCGACGAGGUGGAGUCCCAGCUGAGAAGCAUCAGGAACUCCAUGAGGGCGGACAGCGUGGCCGCCAGCAACGUCAAGAACCGCAUCGGGAGCAAGGGGGCAUCGGACAAAGUCGCCGACGUGCGGCUCCUGCUGGAGGAGAAGCGGCAGAGCACGGCGCAGAGGCCGCCCACGGGCAGCGUCAAGUCGGAUGUCCGGCAGAGACUGGGAAAGAGACCGCACUCUCCAGAAGAAAGGACUCUGAGCAGCACCUUCGCCCCCCGCCGGGAGCCCAUGUCCGACGUCCACAGCCGGCUGGGCAUCCCCAGGCAGGAUGUCAAGGGCCUCUACUCCGACACCCGGGAGAAGAAGUCAGGCAGCUUAUGGACGCGCUUGGGCUCCGCCGCCAAGGCCAAAGAGAAGGGGGCCGAGAAGGCGGAGCCGGCGGUGGCGGCGGCGGCCCCCGAGGAGGAGGACUCGGAGCUGCAGCGGGCCUGGGGCGCGCUGAUCAAGGAGAAGGAGCAGUCGCACCAGAAGAAGAGCCGCCUGGAGCGCCUGCCCAGCCUGCAGAUCGAGAUCAGUCGGCAGAGCAGCUCCGACUCGGACGCGGAGUCCUGAGGACGGCCCAGCCCCGGCGUCCAGGCCCCUCGCGGCGGCCACGGCUUCAGCCAGCCCACUGUCCUCCUCUUCCUAGCAGGAAACGACCGUCC